AUGGCUGCAAGAAAUUACAAAUAUUCAAGUCAAAGGACAGGUGCAUCUAAUUCUGCUUCCGAAAAAGUUGUACAAUUAUCAAAAGCUUUAUCAUGGCUGCUACGUCAUGCCGUUUUAAAAGAAGGUUUACAAUUUCAAUCUGAUGGUUACGUAUUUGUUGAAGAUGUACUUAAUCAUCAUUCUUUUGCAAAUAAAUAUACAGUUGAGGAUAUUCAUGAAUGUGUUGCAAAAAAUGAAAAGAAACGCUUUGGUCUUAAAGUUGAUGAACAAACAGGUAAAGAAAUGAUUCGUGCACAUCAAGGUCAUUCUCUAGAAGAAGCUAAUGUCGAGAUGAAACAAAUCACAAAUCCAAAUCAAUUUCCUGUUGUAUUACAUGGAACGUAUAUGAAACAUUGGCCAUCAAUCAGCACUAAAGGUUUAUCAAAAAUGAAUCGAACACAUAUUCAUUUCGCACCAGGAAUGCCGACUCAAAAUGGUGUUAUAAGUGGAAUGCGGGCAAGUGCUCAAUUAUAUAUUUAUAUUGAUAUGGAAAAAGCUUUAAAAGAUGGUUUAACAUUUUUUGUAUCUUCUAAUAAUGUGAUACUGUCUCCGGGUAAUGAAGAUGGUUAUAUACCUCCUUGUUAUUUUCGUUUGGUGCAAAAUCGACAAGGUCAAAAUUUACCAGUAACUGCAGAAUCAUUUCAAAAGACGACUACUGAUAGUUAG